CUCGGCUGCCCAGAACGGAAGUUCCCGAGCCUUCAAAGCCGCGGGGAAGCAACUUGCCAACGGACCGAGAUGGCGGCGCCCAGUGAGGGGCAAGCGUUCGUUGCGGGGAUUGAAAAUAAUUGGGGUACAGGCGUUCGUUCUCCAGAAGGGACCCCUCAGAAAGUCCGGCAGCUGAUAGAUGAAGGGAUUGCUCCGGAAGAGGGAGGCGCGGACGCGAAAGAUACAUCUGCUGCAUCCCAGUCAGUUAAUGGAUCACCCCAAGCAGAACAAGCUCCAUUGGAAUCUACAAGCAAAGAAGCCUUCUUUAACAGAGUGGAAACAUUCUCUUCUUUAAAAUGGGCAGGUAAGCCCCCUGAGCUGUCUCCACUUGUCUGUGCAAAAUAUGGCUGGGUCACAGUUGAAUGCGAUAUGCUCAAGUGCUCCAGCUGCCAAGCUUUUCUCUGUGCCAGUUUACAACCAGCUUUUGACUUUGACAGAUAUAAGGAACGAUGUGCUGAACUGAAGAAAGCCUUGUGUACUGCCCAUGAGAAGUUCUGUUUCUGGCCAGACAGCCCCUCUCCAGAUCGAUUUGGGAUGCUGCCAUUGGAUGAGCCCUGCUUCUUGUUAGUGAAUUCCCUGGAUCGUUUUCAAAGCCUUUGUCACUUGGACCUCCAGCUUCCUUCCUUGAGGCCCAGAGGACUUGAAAAACCAUGGUGAUGCUUGUCAGAAGACAAGAUCAGUCUUCUUCUACACCUGCUUGAAGAUGAACUUCAUCACCGAACUGAUGCGAGAAAAACUACAACCAAAUUAGGUUCAGACAUCCAAGUCCACAUCACUGCCUGUAUUCUCUCUGUGUGUGGCUGGGCGUAUAGUUCUUCUUUGGAACCCAUGCAGCUCUCCCUGAUAACAUGUUCACAGUGCAUGAGGAAGGUGGGACUCUGGGGUUUCCAGCAGAUUGAAUCGUCCAUGACUGACCUGGACACAUACUUUGGCCUGGCCAGCUCCCCCAUCGCAGGCCCUGAGGGGCGGCCAGAGAGGUUCCCUCUGGUGCCUGAAUCUCCUCGGAGAAUGAUGACCCGGAGCCAGGAUGCUACCUUUUCCCCAGGCUCAGAACAGGCCGAAAAGAGCCCAGGUCCCAUUGUCUCCCGUACUCGGAGCUGGGACUCUUCCAGUCCUGUUGACCGUGCUGAGCCAGAGGCUGCUAGCCCCACCACCAGAACCCGCCCAGUGACCCGAAGCAUGGGAACAGGAGACACCACUGGCCUUGAAGUACCAUCCAGCCCACUGCGGAGAGCCAAACGAGCUCGCCUCUGCUCUUCUAGCAGCUCGGAUACAUCUUCAAGAAGCUUCUUUGAUCCCACCUCUCAGCAUAGAGAUUGGUGCCCUUGGGUGAACGUCACACCUGACAAAGAAACCAGGGAGAAUGGUGGAGCUGAGCCUGAUGCCAAGGCCCCAUCAGAGCCAGGUUGGAAGGCAGUGCUGACCAUCCUGUUGGCCCACAAACAGUCUAACCAGCCAACUGAAACGGACUCCAUGAGUCUCUCUGAGAAAUCAAGAAAAGUAUUCCGAAUAUUUCGGCAAUGGGAAUCUUUAUGCUCAUCCUGAAAACAUUCCAGCCCCUUCCUGGAGAGAAUAUGAAUGGAAAUGACUUUUUGAAAAAUAAAGUCUAAAUCCAUUUUGGUCAACUGAUACAAAAUUUUUCUCAGUUCUGAUUUGAUCCUAAGGAGCCCCUGCUGUUGAGAGCCAACCCUAUGCAUCUGACUGACAGGAGCCCCAUUUCCAUGCAGGAAGGGGGCAGGGCAAAGGACAGCAAGCCUAGCUCUGUGGAGGAGUACAGGGCUGUGUGACUAGUUGGGGGACCAAGGACCUGAACACCCAUUUCAGCAUCUUCAGUCUACGGCAGUGUUCUGAGGAUACUUCUAUUCCAGGAAUAUGCCAGUGUGUGUUAAUAAAGUAUUUGUUAAAAUUCUUAUUGUUGGAGAACUGUUUUUUCCCUUGCCCGUGGGCUGAAGAAAACUUGAGUGGAACAUUCAGUGUUUAUUUGUGAUUUCAGUCAAAGAGGUCUAAUCUUUC